GCGCCGGGUGCCGCGGACGAGGGGGGAGGUGAUGGUGCCGAUGUCGUUCUUGCUCUUCAUCCCGCUGCUCGCCGGUAGUGCGGCAGCGGAGGAGGAAGAGGGGGUUAGGCUGCCCACGAAGUGUGAAGUCUGCAAGUUCCUGACACUGGAGCUGCAGUCUGCACUGGACAAGACGAAACGUUCCAAGGAAGUGUUAGAGCUCGGGGAAGUGCUGGACGAUGGGAAACGCAAGCGAAAGAUCAAGUACAACACAUCGGAGACCCGGCUAGCUGAUGCCAUGGAUAACAUUUGUGAAAGGAUUCUGCAGUACAACAUACACGCUGAACGACCCGGAAGCUUGCGAUAUGCAAAGGUAGAUGCACAUUUGCACGAAGUUAACAGUGAAUCGAGCUGUGCCGUUCUGUUUGCCCAGCGCUUGUCCUUGCUCUGA